GUAAUGUGGUAUUCCCAGAUCUUGAAUUGGACAUGGAGGGUUGUCACACUUGACCUGCAAGCACUCACCGUGCCCCUUACAGUAGCGUCGUCGUGUCUUGUUUGUUCUGUAGGUACAUUUCCUUUCUCAGUAGCCCUUUGGUCUUUCUCCGCCAUGAACUCCAAACUUUUGGGCGGUUUCAGGUGUUCGCAGGUUUACGGUGAAAUGUUGAUGUACGAGUCGUGUGUAAAUCCGGGGUCGGCAGCCGGUUGGGUGUUGGCUGGCCGCGGCCAUUUGCCCAUUUUUGGGCUUCAUUGAGAUCUCUCGACAUCGUAUACAUCAUACAUACCUCUGCAGUAUGUGUGUCAGCGAGAGUUCCCCGGCUGGUUGGGCGCCAGACAAAGAAGGUUCGAUUUGGAGUCGCAAUCUGCAAAUCGUCGCUGGAAGGAACAAAUAGGGCAAUGGCGAAACGAUCUGACGUUCACUUGGACCCGGUAAACCGUGGUGACAUCUGAAAAAUAGACGCCAUGCGACGGUGAAC